AAACAGGGAUAUUUCCCUGCAAAUAUAGGCAAUGGCAGCAAUAUAAAUUUCAGCUGUAAACAUCUGGCGCCUCAAGGUGGAACUGAAUACAUAUAUUAAGUGGACCGGCGACUCAGCUGUUACUUCGCAGUGGAGAAACACGUAGAACCAUGAAGACGGUGGUGUUGGCGACAGCGCUGUCCCUUUCCUUCGGGCUGGUCAGCCCUCAGUGCAUUUCCGAGGACGACUCCAUCAUCCCGCCCCCGAGAUCAUACCUCGGCCACAUCGCACCCUUCAGUCUCGGUCUCUUGAAGGAGGUUCUUCCUGCGUCGGGGAACUUUUUCUUCUCGCCCUACAGCAUCUGGACGGCGCUUACCUUGGCCUACUUCGGGUCCAACGGCAGCACGAAGACCCAGUUGGAAAGGGUCCUUCAGCUGGGCAACCGGGAAGGCGCUCUGGCCUUGUACAAAAGUGUGGAUCAGUUGUACAGGUUGCAGGAAAACAACCCCAAUUACACGAUUAAUGCAGCUAACAGAAUAUACGUUCAGGAUGGGUUGCCGCUCAGAGGGUGUCUUCAGACGGUUUUCUCGAACGAAAUGAAAGCUGUAGAUUUCCGCCAGCAAGCACAAGCCGCUGCGGGGGAUAUCAACAAGUUCGUCAGCGACACGACCAGAGGCAAAAUUCCGCAGAUAGUGUCAGCCAACAGCGUGUCAGGAGCCGUGAUGGUGCUCAUCAACGCAGUCUACUUCAAGGGCCUGUGGGACCGUCAGUUCAAGGUCGAGAACACGUCCCCGCAAAGGUUCUUUGUGGGGCCGAAUAGACAUGCAAUGGUCCCUAUGAUGAGCCAAGAAGGCAAUUUCAGAUAUGGCGAGUCUCAGGAGCUGGACGCCCAGGUGCUGGAGAUGCCCUACCGGAGCGGCCGCGCGUCCAUGUUCGUGCUCCUUCCUCGAGACCAGGGGACGGGCCGGGAGCUCGACCAGCUGGUGCAACGCCUCAACCCUUCGACGCUGACGGCGACGCUGAAGGACACGCACGACCGAGCGGUCCAGCUCAAGUUCCCCAAGUUCAAGUUUGAGAAGAAGAUCGAUAGCGCGCUUCAGCAGGCUCUGGAGCGCAUGGGCGUUGCCGAUUUAUUCUCCGACCGAGCUGACCUGACAAACUUCAAGUCCGACGGCGGCCUCCAAGCCACGGGCAUCAUCCACAAGGCAGUGGUGGAAGUGGACGAAGAAGGCGCAGAAGCAGCAGCGGCGACGGUGAUUUUCGUUACGUUUUCGGCGUUUUCUCCUUCACCCCCGCCAGUUCGCUUCACCUGCGACCGUCCCUUCCUCUUCCUCAUCCGCGAUAAUGACAUCGACAACAUCCUCUUCAUUGGGGCUUACAGGGAGCCCUAAAUUGCAGCCCUCUUCUCCUUCUCCAUCUUCCAUUUCUUCUCCUUUUUCUCAAUCGUCUUUUUCUUCUCCCCCUCCCCUUCUACCUCUUCUUCUCCAUCUUCAUUUUCCUUGUCCUCCUCCUCCUCCUCCUCCUCCUCCUCCUGAAUAUGAUUCCGUUGAAAUUUCUUGUCAGAUUCAGCUUCUUUUCACCAUCUUUCUCAGAGAUGCAAGUUUGAAAUUGAUUUAGAAUUGUAAAUUUUUGUUAUGUUUUAUUUUCUGUGAAUCCUAAAAUUAUAAUGGUGAUUUUGAUAAUAAUAAUGAUAGUAAUAAUUAUAACAAAACUAAAAAUAAUGAUUAUGAUAAUGAUGAUAACAUUUAUAUCCGGUCACACACCCUGUUUAAUAAUAACUGCUUUCGUCUACACAAAUAUAAAUGUUAUGUGAAUAUGAAGAGAAAUGUAAAACAAAUAAGAAAUGGGAGAGCGAAUUAUAUAUAUGUGUGUGUGUGGGGGGGGAGGGAGUUUGUGUGUGUUAGUGUGUGUGUGUAUGUGUGUGUAUGUGUGUAUGUGUGUGUGUGUGUGUGUGUGUGUAACCCACCUGGAAUAUAUGUAUCCCAAUAUCAUUCUACGUACCUAUAGUUAUAUCCUACAUAAUUUACACAAUCUUACUUGUUUGUCACAUACGUAUCUUCACACACGAAUACAUAUCUUUGUACGUAAGAUUAUUGCUUUACCCGAUUGAUCAUCCCUUCCUGCCACACCAGACUCUCCAAUGUUGUGUUGUUUAUCCCCUUAAGCAAGAGCUAUGUAUUGUUGUAACACUACCUGUCUUCACCCCCAAUUGUCACAUGCUAAACACGGUGAUUUUAUACCCGUCCUGAAGCCACUGUGUAAUAUGGCAAGGCUCUCUCCGGGGAACCAAGGAACAACACCUCCCUCCUUGUCACAGCCGCACUCCAACGUUAUUCUUCAAUAAAGGAAUCAAGACAU